AUGGCUGAGAAGCGCAAGCAGCCUCCUCGCGCGGGGCGUGAGCCCGCGAAGAGACGGGCCACCGAAGCCGCCGCGACACCGACAAGCCACAGAAAGAAAGAAAAAGAGAAAGCUGCAACCCCAAAAGCCCCAUCACCCCCCACCGAGCCGAUCGAGGCGCCUCUCCCGGUGACGAUAAAGGAGGGCGACCCUCUGCCUGUGAGGAAAUCUCGCCAACCAACAAAUCUGCCGGAUGAAGAUUACCAGUCCAUCGCAGAAAGUGCCGUUCUAUUGACAGCUCUUGAAAGAUCGAAGAAGAAAUGGUUGAGCGAUGGGAUACUUGUUCGCUAUUAUACGAAACCGAAGAAGACGAAACGUGAACUAAUUGAGAAGAACAAUCCUCCGAAAGAAUCUAUGACCAAAGUUGGCCUAUGUGAUAUUACCGUCGGCCCACACUUAUUCGAUGCGAUGAUCUACACUGUGAAAGACCCCGACGUACAACAGCAGCUCCAUUACGCUCCGCAACAACGACAAAUGAUCCACUACGGCCCUCCCGGCAAUUUUCAGCAAUACCAGCAUUAUCAAUCUUCACCCGGUCAACAGAGGCGGCCGCCGUAUACCCCAACACCGGGAGCGAGGCCCCCACAGGGAUAUCCGGGACACCAGUCUCCAGCGUCUCGUGUUCCGCAGCCAGGGCCGUCAUCCCAACCGCAACGACCCUCUCAAACCCCAAAUGGACAAUCUGGCCAGCCCGCGAAGCCCAGCCCUGAUCCUGUGAUCCAAAUGUUGGCUACCCGCGCAGCCGCUGACCCAGAGCUGAAGGCACUCAUGCGAGUGGCACAUAUUGAUGAGCUAAAUGCCAUCAUAAAGGCGAGAGAACAGCAGGAAAAACGCCAACAGGCUGCAACUGCGGCUGCCGCCCAGCAACAGAAGGCCCUCCACUCGCAGUCUGCGACUAGUGCAGCGCAGACCAAGCCCCCGGCGCAGCAGGCUGGCACACAACCAAAGGAGCCCGAGACAAAGACGAAGACGAUAUCUCAAGGACAAACCUCGAAGUCAAGCGAACCCUCGGUGCAAACUCCAUCGAAAGGCCCCGAGCAACCCAAAGCCGUGUCUUCAACACCGGCUGCGCCACCAGCCAAGCCACCAGCCGAGGGAACACCACAGACAACAAACGCAUCACAUGUAUCAGACCAAGCAAAAAGCCAAGACAAAACAAACGCAGGAUCGACACCAGCUACCGAGCCGAACAUCAAGCAGGAACCAGCGCCACUAGCCAGUGGAGGUGCAACACCCGCCCCUUCAAAUGCCCCUGCAACGCCUGCAUCAAGCCAAGGAGCGCAACAGGCCCCGGGGGUACGUCCAACACCCACUCCUGGCAAUCCUCCGCAACCUAUUCCUCGCCCAACCCCCGUCUACACGCCGCAACAGCAACAACCGUAUGGGGCGCAGACCCCUAUCCAAUCGCGCCCACAACCAUAUGCUACGUCCUCCCUGUAUCAGGCCAAACCUGCCACUCCGCGUGUGAUGUACAAAGCCGUUGUUUUCGAGUUCACCUCUCCUUUGACCCCAUAUGGGAGUAGUACCUCCGGCCAUGCGGGAUCUGGUGACCGAUAUCUGUUUCCGGAGUAUUCAAUUCUGGAAUGGCUCCCAAGUGAUAAUACUCUUUUGGCGUCCUUCUUGAUCACUCGCAAAGUGGAUCCAAACACGCCUUUCCCAAUCGAGACAGCCCCAGAGCCAACGACUGCUCGAGGAAAAGGUAAAGGUGCCUCCAAAUCAAAGAAAAAGGGCAAGGCCGAAGAGAAGAACGAGACCCCGGAGACCCCGGCUCCCAACCAAGCGACAACGACACCAUCUACAAAUCCACCAGCAACAUCCGAAAGUGCCGAGAAGUCGGAUACCAAGCAGGAUGGCUCGGGUGGUCCAGGAGAAGGCGCUAAGAAGGAGGCCAAUCUCAAGGAGUACUGGCAGCCUGUGACUUUCCGUAUUCACGCGGCAGAUUCUCGGAUUCUCGAACCCUUGACUCGUGUCGUCAAGCCGCCUGACGAAGUUCGCAAGUACAUGAAUGAGAUUAUGGACCGUGCCGAACGUGCCCCUGAUGGCUAUCUGGCUCUACGUCUUCCCCGCGAAGAGGCGGUUGAAGCUAUUGCAGCUGAGAACACGACUGCUUCUACACCCCAAACGACCACUGCGCGUCAUCGUUCUUCCCGUGCAUCUGUCGUGAAGGUCGAGGAAGAACCCGAAAUGGAGGACACGCAGGUCGAGGAGGAUCUUGAGGAAGAGUUGAAGGACUUCUACGGAGAUCCGAUGGGUCUUCCGCCAUUACGCGUCUAG